UUUUACCCCGGACAGGUGACCGCGGCGAAAUAGGCCGCGGGCCAGAUGUGGGGCGGGAGGGCCGGGGCCUUGCCCCGGGUGUGGGGGUUGUGGCCGCCCGGGGUCCUCGGAAGGAGGCCGCUACGCUGCCAUGCUGCGUCGCUAGCAGGAAGCAGCUCCGCCCAGUGCUGGAACUGCGGCGGCCCCGGGGGCCCCAUUCGCGAGGACGGGUUCUUCUGCCCACAGUGCCGGGCGCUGCAGCCACCUGACCCCACUCGAGACCACUUCAGCCUCAUGGACUGCAAACGUUCCUUCAAUGUUGAUACUGCAAAGCUCCAGCAUAGGUACCAGCAGCUACAGCGUCUUGUCCACCCAGAUUUCUUCGGCCAGAGGUCUCAGACUGAAAAGGACUUCUCAGAGAAGCAUUCGACCCUGGUGAAUGACGCCUAUAAGACCCUUCUGGCCCCCCUGAGCAGGGGACUAUACCUUCUAAAGCUCCAUGGAGUAGAGAUUCCUGAAGGAACAGAUUAUAAAAUGGACAACCAAUUCCUCAUGGAAAUAAUGGAUAUCAAUGAAAAACUCGCAGAAGCUCAAAGUGAAGCUGCCAUUAUCGAGUUUGAAUCUAUUGUCAGAGCUAAACAGGAAGAAUUGACUGACAAUUUGAGCAGAGCUUUUGAACAAGGAAACAAUAUUCAAACUUUUGGAGAGAAUUGCUUGUUUAUAACUAAAAAUCCAGGGUUCUGAACCAUGGUUUCCAUACUACCAGAGCUUAACACUGCAGCUCCUUCGCAUCCUCUCUCAUCUUUGUCUAAGAAUUCGUAUCUUCUGAAUCCUGACCCAGUAACAUUUGAGGAUUUAUGGAUCUUCUAAAGGAAAAUGGACCACAACAGCUGUCUGCUUAAUGGUACUUGGGGAUAUCAGUACAAUCUCUAACCCCUCACAAUUUACAAGGAGAAUGAGUUACUUGUCUGCAAACACACAGGGAGUCCUUUAAGUAAAUAAUUACAACGCAAGCAAAUGUCCUGGCUAAAUUGGGUUCUUCUGUAAAGAAGAUGAAAGGAGUUUUGAUAUACUUCCACAGACAAUCUUUAUUCCUUCUUCAGAACAAUGAUCAGGACCAAAACAAUCUGACCGCAAAAAGAAAUCAGAUAAAUACUGCCUCAAAUGACAUCUCUGGAGGAACUUCAAAGAAACUUCCCUUACCUGUUGCCAUCAACUGUAAAGGUCAUUGGGCUUCCCAGCAAGUCAUUUCUGACUUGGGGAAUAAAUUUAAAAAAAGACUUUAUUUCUGA